AUGGCUGUAAAGCUGACAAUCGCUAUAGCGUUACUACUACUAGCAGCGGCCGUGGCCGCUCCAGAUUCGGACAAGGAACAUGGUCUGGUUCGUCGGAAACGACAGUUCGCGCUUUCCAUUUACCUUUGUGGCUCGUAUCCGAAUCAGUACCCCUCUUAUUAUCCAUGUGGUCCAUGCUACAUAAACUGCUACACAACAACAACAUACACAUACUCCGUCCCCGUCAUCUACACGCCGUACAUCAUCAGCCAGCCGAAUAUGGCUGUAAAGCUGACAAUCGCUAUAGCGUUACUACUACUAGCAGCGGCCGUGGCCGCUCCAGAUUCGGACAAGGAACAUGGUCUGGUUCGUCGGAAACGACAGUUCGCGCUUUCCAUUUACCUUUGUGGCUCGUAUCCGAAUCAGUACCCCUCUUAUUAUCCAUGUGGUCCAUGCUACAUGAACUGCUACACAACAACAACAUACACAUACUCCGUCCCCGUCAUCUACACGCCGUACAUCAUCAGCCAGCCGAGUACCGUCUUCCCGGGAGCAACACAAGCUCAGCGAUGCAUUGGUCCUUGCGUGAAUGCUCAGUGUCCGGACGGCUAUUCAUGUAACGUGAACAAUGUGUGCUGCUCGAAUUGA